CCUGAAGUUCAGAGAGGCAGAGAAUCCGCAGAGGAAGGACCCCGGUGUCCACAGGUCCACCGGAGGGAAAGAAGAAGGAGGGAGAGAAGAAGAAGAGAAAGAGAGGGGACAGACAAGAACAGGUCACCUAGCUGCCAGGCUGGAGGGAGGAGAUUCAGCUGUGAAGAGAGGACACCUAGCCCCUUGAGAUUCGGGAUUCCAACAGAAACUCUACUGCCUUCGAAUCGAAGACCACCCUAAAAGGGAGGUGAAGAAGAGGGGCGGGAAUAGCCUUACCCCGCCUGGGAGAAGGCCCUCCGCAAGGCGGGUCGAACGCCUCCCUUCUCCUCCCAGGACUCCAGGUCGCAGACCUUCUGAGCGGACGGGAUGAGAAUCGGGAGAGGGGAGGGAGCGCGUCUCUUGGUCUCUGAGGGAGCUCCUCAGUCCGCAAUGUGCCCUCUGCCCCAGAGGCAGCCUGGUCCCCUCCUUUUCAUCAGCUGAAAGCCCAAGUCCGUGGCCAGGCGCCGAGAGGAUUCGGCCUUCGAGGGGGCAAGGUGGGGCUCGUCCUAGGGGAGCUGGACUCCACGACUGAUGCCACUGGGAAAGGACGUUGGGCAUUUCCCCGGGAGAAAUCGCAUCCAGGAGCCUCUGUCCACCCUUGAUUGAUCGAAGGGGCUCAGGGGAUAGUUCCACUCUGUUUCCGAGAGAAGCUCCUGGCUGCUUUAUCGGGACUCCCUCUCCCCCACUGAGGAAACCUCAUGUGCCCCGUGGAGGGGAAGGACCACAUCCCCGGAACUCCGUGUUGAAGGAUGGCCGGCUCCUUCCCGCCCAGCGGCUGGCUCGUGUUACUGUGCGUGGGGCUUCUGGCACCGGUCUCGUGUGUUGGCUCCGCGGAGACUGCGAAACACGGAAGUCGACAGAGCCGAGAGAAGAAAUCUCAAUGGAAUGAAUUUCCCACGGACCAGGAGGAGAGCAGCCUGCCUCUUUCGGCGUCCAACGAUCCGGAAACUGUUACCGAGAGGACCCGGAGCAUUGACCCUCGGGAUGCCUGGUUGUUGUUUGUCAAACAGUCGAACAAGGGGGCGAACGGCAAGAAAAGGAGCAAAGGGAAAUCCAAAAAAUUCAAGCAUGGGCUGCCGGGGCCACCAGGCCCGCCUGGACCCCAGGGACCACCAGGACCCUUGAUCCCACCCGAGGAAUUGCUGAAGGAAUUCCGGCUCCUGUUGAAAGGGGCAGUGAAGCGGCGGGAGAGGAUGAGCUUGCCGACCUGCGAGGACUGCGCGGGAGCCGAGGAGGAGGAGGGAGGCCGGGAAGCAGCAGAGGAGGCCGACAUCCUAGCGCUGGUCACGGGCCCCCUGGCCGAGGGCCGGCAACAGCAGCAUCACGUGGAGGCGGCCUUCCACUGCCGGGUCAGGAGGAACAUCUCCAUCGAGCGGAGGUCUCUGCAGGAGCUCCAGGUCUACUACAUUCCAGAGAAGGAGGGGUCCUUCCACCGUGGUCUGGGGCUGAACCUCACCAGUGGUCAAUAUACGGCCCCCGUUGCCGGUUUCUACACUUUUUCGGCCACCCUGCACAUUGUGCUCGGGGAGCACCAGAGGAAGGGCCAGCCGCGUGCCCGGGACCGCCUGCGGCUGCUGAUCUGCAUCCAGUCACUGUGCCAGCGUCACGUGUCCCUGGAGACGGUGACCGGCCUGGAAAGCAGGAGCGAGCUCUUCACCCUCUCCGUGAAUGGAAUCCUGUAUUUGCAGGCUGGACAGUACGCCUCCGUCUUCAUAGACAACGCCACGGGAUCGUCGCUCGUCGUCCGCAGCGGCUCCGACUUCAGCGCCGUCCUCCUGGGGAUGUGAGCGGGCCCCUCGUGCACGUGGG